AUGGACGCGCUGAUGAUUGUACACCAGCUGCAGAGGCUUGCUGCCGAGCCGCGCCCCUCUCCGGCAGUCAGGGCGAAGAUCCCUCGCAUGGCACUGGGGAUUUGUUACUUUCUCGAACAUCCAGAUCGUGGGGUGCAGCACCAGGCAGCAGGGUCCCUGCGGCUGUUGCUGCAGCAACACAGGCAGCUGCUCCUGCAAUCACCUGAGUUGAAUGACAUGCUUGGCGCUCUGGAGCAACACGUGAACAGCAGCGAUGUUGUUGUUAGAGAGUGUUGCGCCGCAUCUCUGGCUCUGUUAAAACAAGGUGAGGAACAGCAGGUCCAGAAGGGCCAGGAGGAGAAGCAGCAGCAGCAGACAGAAGCUGAAGGCGACGCUGAGCCACUUGAAUCUCUAGAUCUAUUCUCUGUGGUAUUAGGCCUUAGGGGUUUGUUGCGUUGCCCCUCUAACCGCAGUCUUCUUAACUUUACAGCACAGCAGCAGCAACAGCAAACAGAACAUCCUCAGCAACAGCAGCAGGAACAACAGGGACAACGGGUCCUGGAGCUACUGCAACGCGAUCUGCAGCUGCGGCUUGUGCGCGUGUGGGGUGUUUCAAGUGCUACUGUCACUCUCAAUUCGGCCAGUUUGUUGCGGCAGGCCGCGGCGAUAGGCUCAGACGCAGCGGCGAAAAAGACAGAACAGAGGCAGCCGAGCGAAGAGGGGGACGGAGUCGCGGUAGUGAACAUUAGACUUUCUCGCAGGGCACAGCGGCUGCAACAGCAGCUAAGGGAGCUGCGCGCCGCUAUGGGCCCUCUAACUCUUUUGCUUAACUCAGAGUUGUUGCAGAAAGCCCCACGGAGGGACAGCGACGCGUCUAAGGAGGGGCCAAGUGAUACGACAGGCGAAGGCACUACAGCCAGCGCAGCAGAGGCGCAGCCAUCGCCUACAUCGAUGGAACAAGAGCAGUACGACAACGGCUAUCUGGAUGAAGAGCUGAGAGGCAACUGGGAAGGAACUGGGCAGGAACAGAAGAGCAAUGGAGAGCACAUGUCCAGCAAUGGCAGCGGCGGCUUUUCUUUCUUCAGCGCCAACUCUGCGCUAUUUGCGCAAUCGCGUUUCAUGGGUGGCAUGAUAGCACCCACAGAAGUUAACGCUGAAAUGAGUGAAAAGCUCAAGGCUGAGAAGGAACGGAAAGCAGCUCUGCGGGCACAAGGCCAAGGGGGAAUCAUGGAUAAACUGCUAGGUCGCCUUGGAUCUGGUGCAAGAUUCUUCUAA